GUUAAAUCUGGGACAGACAGCCAGAUGCCGAGAAAUCUCGCAGAUAUCAUAUCGUCACAUCAUCCACAUCUCUCUUACCAUGUCUCAAACGCGAUCUCUCAAUGUCGACUUCACCAGCUGGACCGGCAAGCACCUGGAAGUCACCGAGGGGCUUCCCAACCAGAGCACUCUUGUCUACGCCGCUGACCUCAACUUCUGCAAACCGCAUAUGAUUUUCCAGGCCACCGGGAGCGCUCGACUGCCAGCCACCGUCAACUUCCACUCCUUCUCCCGGUCCAUCGAUGUCAGCGUCAACGGCCACCAGAUCGCCUUCAAGCCGCACGGGGUGUUCAAGUAUGAAGCGUCCUUCCAGUCGCCGGCUCUCAACGGCCGAGUCCUCACCUGGAAGAACCCCAAAUAUCUGAAUCCCGCGUACCUGGAGUGCCGCGAUGAGCACGGCGCUGUCGUCGCCACCUUCAUUCCGAAUCGGGGUUGGACAAUGACCAAGGCGGGUCGACUCGAGCUCGAUCUACGUUUACCGAGCGGUCCGGUCACCGAUGAAGUCGUGGUUACCGGGCUGGCGCUGGCCUACUAUAUCAUCGUCCAGACCAUCGCGGCUAGAGGGUCAGCAACUGUCAAGACUGUUCCAAUGGAUAUCAUUGAUUAUUUUCAGUCCACCGAAUUCAGCGACCGUGUAAAAAGACUCCUGGAAGAACGUCAUGUGCCAGGUCUUGCCCUGGCUAUCACCGACCACGGCCGCAUUGCUUCAGCAGGGUACGGCAGUGCGUCUUUGGACCCCCCUCAGCCGUGCACACCAGACAGCCUGUUCGAUAUUGCCUCGGCUUCCAAAUCUCUGACCGCAGCUUCCGUGGCCCUGCUGGUCGAAGAUGACAAGCAAUACCCGGAGGUGCAGUACGAAGCCCCCAUGUCGGCUUUGUUACCCGAUGACUUUGUCCUACAAGAUGCAGCCUACACCGCCGGGCGGACUGACACCGAUAGACACGACUUCUCCUACCUGAGCCCGCGGGCGAGUGCCCCGGAUACGGCGCGAUCCGUCACCCGCAAUCUACGGCAUCUGCCCCUCGCUGCCCCCCUCCGAUCCAAGUUCAUAUAUUGCAACAUGAUGUAUACUGUGGCGACGCAUUUGGUCGAGGAGAAGACCGGGCUACCCUUCGCCGAUUUCCUGGAGGAUCGCGUCUUCCGACCGCUGGGCAUGGCUUCCACCAACCUCCAGCCGCAACGAGCGCGCGAUCGAGGACUGACCGAUCGUAUCGCCACGGGCUACGGCUGGAAUGAAGAGCAGGGCGAGCACCGUGGGUUUCAAACGCCAGAUUGCCCCGAGGCUCAAGGAGCAGGCUCCAUCAUCACCAGCGUGAACGACUACAUCCGGUGGGUCAAAGCCAUGAUGCAUCGCCAAGGCCCGGUGACGGAGAGCCUCUACAAGGGACUUCUCAGACCACGCUCAAUUCAGGACCCCGGGGAAGAGGAGCUCGCGCCGCAGACAUCCUUCACCCUCUACGCGGCGGGGUGGGAGAUCUACCAUUAUCGUGGACACGCGGUGGUCUCUCAUGACGGCGCAGUCGCUGGCUUUGGCAGUACUCACUUCUUUCUACCGGGAUCUCAAUUCGGGGCCGUAAUCCUUGGAAAUUCCGAUACGGCGAUCCCGGUAGUGGCGGCUGUGGCGAGGGAGUUGAUUGACCAGGUUCUCCAAGUGCCCCAUGCAGAGCGCCCUGAUUGGAAUAGCAUCGAGUGGACCAGCUGGGAAAAAGAGGACAGCCCUAGCGAGACAGAGCUGCGCGAAAAGCUGUGCCCGGACAUGCAUGAGCCAGAACCUCAGCAGCUACCUCUCAGCGCGUAUACGGGCCAGUAUAAGAACUUAGGGUACCAUGAAUUGUUGGUGGAGGCAAACGAGGAUCGGCUGUUUGUCGAUGCGACCGAUCGUUCCUUUGGGUUUGUACUCACCUUCAAUCAUGUCGGGGAGCAGUCGAAGUACAUCGCUCGUCUGAAAGACUAUCUCGACGGAUUUGAGAUAUCAAUUGCAGCUGAGUUUGCUCUGGAGGAUGGGAAAGCUGUUAGCCUUGGGCUGGGGCUGGAAGAAGAGAUGGAGGAUUUGGUGUGGUUUGCGAAGGUGGAGGAGGGGGACAGUGAUGCCUAAGGCAUAAGGAAGUGGACACCCCAGGCAUCAACGCAGCUGAUACCUGAGGCUGCCACGAGCUGGGGUUGCAAGCGGAGACGGGCGGCAGUAUCCCUUCGUCGGUCCCAUGGCAUCUUGUGAGAGUCAUGCUUCGACUACCCACCGGACUAGUUACUCCUCAUCUUGUAUACUUCAUUCUGCCAGGAUAGCGACAUGAGUAACAUCUGUCAAGGCCGGACGGACUAUUUCGCUGCGGGGAAGAUUACAACAGAAAUUAGAAUAUUUGAGAUAGGAUCGAGAAUAAGAUU